AUGACACGCUAUGUUGAAAAGAAAGUUCUUAGUGUUGAACAAAGUGAAGGUGUAGGUGCACGAGUACGACGAUCACUUGGAACUUCACAGGUACGAAAUUUCGAUCCAUUUUUAAUGCUUGAUGAAUUUCGACUUUCGGCACCUGCUGGUUUUCCUGAUCAUCCACAUCGUGGCUUUGAAACUGUAACUUAUAUGAUAAAAGGAUCUACGGAACAUGAAGAUUUUACUGGACGACGAGGUGUUAUCAAUCCAGGUGAUCUUCAAUGGAUGACAGCUGGUCGUGGUAUUCUCCAUAGUGAAAUGCCAGGAGAAAAUUGUGGUGAAUGUCAUGGUCUUCAAUUAUGGGUUAAUUUAAGUAAAAAAUAUAAAAUGGUUGAACCUAAUUAUCAAGAAUUACUCGAUAAAGAUAUUCCACGUACAGCAACACCUGAUGGUUUAGUACAAGUAAAAAUUAUUGCUGGCGAAUCUAUGUCAGUGAAAUCUCCUGUUUAUACUCGUACACCAACAAUGUAUCUUGAUUUCACCCUCAAACCAAAUUCACCAGUAUUCACUCAAGAAAUACCAAAAGGAUGGAAUGCUUUUAUAUAUAUUCUUAAUGGACAAGCUGAAUUUGGUUCAAAGAAAACAGAAGCUGAUGCACAUCAUGUUCUUAUUUUAUCACAAAAUGGUGAUGGAAUAGAUUUUCGUAAUACAGGUAAUAACAGUGAUUGUCGAUUUGUUCUUAUUGCUGGACAACCAUUGAAUGAACCUGUUGUUCAACAUGGUCCAUUUGUUAUGAACACACAGGAAGAAAUUCGACAAACUAUGAAAGAUUUUCAAUUAUGUCAAAAUGGUUUCGAAAAUGCACGUGACUGGCAAAGUAAAGGCAUUGAACGAAGUAUGGUUCGACAUUAA